ACAAAAGAUAGAGCCAUGACGUGGACUGCUAUCACUACACUACAUGUCACGAAUCUCAAAGCAUCAUCAGAAACAAACCCCUUCCCCCAAACUCGCCGGCGGGCGGCGGCGGUUCUUCUUCGCUCCACGGGACUCCUCCCCACCUCCGUCGGUGAAGAGAUGCGCCGCGGCCGCCCCCCUUCCAUGGUCGCCGUCAGUCUUCACUCUUCUACUCGUUUAUCAGCUUCCUCGCCGACCGUCCGCCGCCGGCCAGUGACCCGGGCGCGCCAGGAGGCCCCACACUUCCACGCCAUGGUCCGUCCCCUUCUCCUCUCAAUCAGCAGCUGCGAUUUCGGCCUAGGUUUCAUAAGCAUCGACUGUGGAUAUACCGCAAGCAAGCAGUAUGUAGAUUCCAGGACAGGUUUAACAUAUGCAAGCGAUGACGGUUUCAUUGACGCAGGGCUGGUCCACACCGUUGACUCAGCGAAUUUGCAGCCGGACCUUGCAGUCCGGUACUUUAACCUUCGCUACUUCCCCAGUGGACCACGCAACUGCUACACGUUCCGGUCCCUAACAGCAGGUGGCAAGUACCUUGUCAGGGCUGCAUUUGGCUAUGGUGACUAUGACAAACUGAACAGGCUUCCUACCUUUGAUCUCUAUUUUGGGGUGAACUAUUGGACAACAGUGACCAUUGUCAGUUCCAGUACAGCGUAUCUGUUUGAGAGCAUCGCUGUGUCCCCUGCCGACUUCCUUCAGAUUUGCUUGGUGAACACAGGAUCGGGAACUCCUUUCAUCUCAGCACUUGACUUGAGAUCACUUACGGCGAAUCUUUACCCGGAGGCCAAUGUGACACAGUCCAUGGUUUUGCUCAGCUUCUUCCGCGACACGGUUGGUUUUGGGCCCAAUCGUUACCACUUUGGAACAAACUACCAGCACAUCAGGUUCCCGGAUGAUCCCUAUGACCGUAUUUGGCAGAGGUAUGAAGACAUAGCCAGUUGGACAGACUUACCCAACAAAUCCAACGGGGAAAUCCAGAACCCCCCUAAUGACACCUAUGAUGCACCAUCUGCUGUGAUGCGUAGUGCAUCCACGCCAUUGAACGCCUCAGCGAUGGACCUAUCUUGGAGUUCGGAUUCAUCCAUGAGUGUCGGUGUCAACCCCACAUACAUUCUUGUACUCUACUUUGCUGAGUUGGAUGCCAGCCAAGAUUUAAGGCAAUUUGACGUCUCUGUGGAUAACGACCUAUUAUUAGCCUCUGCAUUCAGCCCAAAGUUCUUGCUGGCUACUGUUCUUUCAGGGAUUGUGCGAGGCUCGGGUGAGCAUAGCAUCUCCCUCACGACAACAUCAAACUCAGUACUUGAUCCUUUGAUCAGCGCGAUGGAGAUAUUCAUGGUGCGGCCAGUGAAUGAAUCUGCCACUGACUCUGUAGAUGCCUGGACCAUGAUGACCAUCCAGACGAAGUAUUCUGUGAAGAGAAAUUGGGUGGGUGAUCCAUGUGUCCCGACAUCUCUUGCAUGGGAUGGCUUGAACUGUAGUUAUACUCCCAGCAGUGCUCCGAGAAUAACAGGCUUAAACAUGUCAUCCAGUGGUUUGGUCAGUGAAAUUGAUGCUUCCUUUGGUCAGAUAUUAUUGCUCCAGCAUUUGGAUCUAUCACACAACAGUCUUUCAGGGUCGAUACCUGAUUUUCUGGGUCAACUUCCAGCACUUAAGUUUCUGGAUUUGUCGAGCAACAACCUCAGUGGAUCAAUUCCUUGUAAUCUGCUAGAAAAAUCUCAGAAUGGGUUGUUGGCACUAAGGGUCGAUAACCCAAAUCUUCAUGGAGAUUGUGCUCCCAGACCGGUUGGGAGCAAGAACAAGAUAAAACUUAUACUCGAGAUUGUGCUUCCAGUAAUUGCUGCAAUAGCUCUGCUGUUUGUGGCUGCACUUGUGUUUGUCAUUUUACCUAGAAUAAAGAAAAGACCAGAUGUGGUUCCUUCAGCUAGUCUUUUUGAGAACCGGAGGUUCAGAUACAAGGAACUAAAGCGCAUCACAAACAACUUCAACACUGUAAUUGGAAGGGGUGGUUUUGGUUUUGUCUAUCUUGGCAAAUUGGAGAAUGAAACUCAAGUUGCUGUAAAGAUGCGGUCAGAUACAUCUUCACAAGGGGAUACAGAGUUUUUGGCCGAGGCUCAGCACCUGGCCAGGGUUCAUCACAAGAACUUGGUGUCCUUGAUUGGUUAUUGCAAGGAUAAGAAACAUUUAAGCCUUGUCUAUGAGUACAUGGAUGGGGGAAACCUACAAGACCGGCUCCGAGGUCAAGAACUCCUUAGUUGGCUGCAGCGCCUUAAGAUCGCACAGGACUCUGCCUGUGGACUGGAGUACCUGCAUAAAUCUUGCAGCCCGCCAUUGAUCCAUAGAGAUGUGAAGACCGGGAACAUCCUUCUUAGCACAAAUCUUGAGGCGAAGUUGUCAGAUUUUGGGUUGACAAGGGCCUUAAGCGGUGAAGCGGUAACACACAUUACCACACAACCUGCUGGUACCCUCGGAUACCUGGACCCAGAGUACCACGCAACCGCGCAUCUAAGCGAGAAGAGCGACGUGUAUAGCUUCGGUGCCGUUCUCCUGGUUCUCAUCACAGGUCGUCCGGCGUACAUCACCGUCGGUGAGACGGAGGGAAUCACCAUUGCGCGCUGGGUGGAGGACAGGCUCUCCGAAGGUGACAUCGAGGGCGUAAUCGACCCACGGAUACAAGGGGACUGCGACGUCAACUCGGUGUGGAAGGUGGCGGACCUGGCUCUGCGAUGCACGAAGAAAGUGGCGCGGGAACGGCCGACGAUGACAGAGGUCGUGGAGGGGAUCGGCGAGAGCUUGCUGCUGGAGAACUCGUCGCGCUCCAUGAGGUGCAGCUUGGCCGGGACAGGCGGUUCGGCGUUUGCUGACGGUGACUCCAUCAGUGCGCUCGAGACGGAAGUGAUGGGAGAAACAUCGGCCCGGUGACAUGAAGGGAUUUGCUUGCCGUCCUUAUGAAUUACUGAGUGCAUCACAUAGACACUUGCACUUGAAUUGCUGUUCUUGCAAUGUGAUCAGAAUAUUAUUUGCCAGACAGUUAUGCAAAAAAAAAAGAGGAUCUCAUUUGAUGAACAAUAUUUCUGGGCAUUAGCCGGCUCAAAACCGACCAAUUUCAAACUUGCUGGUAAAGAUGCUAUCUCAAAUAUUUGCGGUCGGAGUGCGGUUGUAAAGAAUAGAAUGUUUUGUGUUGCCUGCUUGUGAGUUGUGACAGCACUGUACGUGCUCGUGGUUCUCUUUGAUUAAAAAAAGGUUUCUACGUACUACA